AUUAAACGCUGCUUAAAAUAAUCUUUGAAACCUCUGUCAUAAAAGUCGUUAACUUAUCUCAUAUGCAAAGCACGAUAGUAGGUGUGGAAACGUUGGCAGAUUGACCUUAUUGUAAAUCUGCUUUAGACUCUCGACACAUUGGCCGACUUUCGAUCCUUGUCCUUCCUGCAUCUUCAGCGAAAUCACUUUUUCAAAAAUUUAGUCUGUCUACGAGUUCAACAAUUAUCGGAGUCAUCUAUCAAAAGCCAAUAGGCAAACGAAGAAUAUGGUGACAAUCCAAUGAUUGGUUCCGGUGAGCCACAGAAGAAUUAGCUUAGUGACGGUAAUCUGGGUUGAUUUGUCAUCAAAAUGCUGGACACUAAUGCUUUUUGAGUCAUAGUUCACGUCUGAUUGCUUUCGAUUUCGCUCGAGUUGUGCGAAAUAAUAAUAGUUAUUUUGCAUCUUCAACCAAGCGACAAAUGCUUAAUUGAUGCCUUAAAGCUGGUUGGACGCAUUUCUAGCAAUUGAGUAGUUAUUCGGUGUGUUUCGAUUUAUAGCGGGCAUGAAAUACUCUUUUCAACUCGGGAAGAAAAAUGACUCAACUUUCGAAAGCUUUGACGAUACAGUGUCGUUAUUUGGUGGGAGUGAUUUAUUCAAGUGUCAAAACACUAGAAUACGGACCUGUCUGCUCGAAUCAUCAAAUCUGAUGUUAGCAAGCUGCACUGCGAAUGGCAACAUUUGAGAUACUCAACUUACAGACAAGGCUGCUCACUACAGUUCAAACAUUGGAGUUCAAUCAUCGAAGUUAAUCUAAAUUUGUUUGAAUGACAAGACGGACGUUAACUUCUUCCUGGCAUCGUCUCACCAACUUUCAUUUCAAAUCACCUCAUUUCAGCAUUGACGUCAUCUUUCAGGUGUUUGCAAACUCAUGGGGUAGUGUGCACCCUCAGCCAUUAUCCCCGUCGAUCACUCAACUUUUUAUCUUUCAAGGAGCACAGGUACGAAACUAAUGCAUGUAUAAUAUUAAUCAACGCCACCAAAAGCUACAAUUGGUUUAAAAUUCUUAUGCCAUCGAGCAUUACAAAUUUGUCAAUAGACUGUGAAGGUUGGCCGUCAACCUAUAGCCUCGACGUUGACAUAUCGACUUCCGCUCGUAACCUCAAAAUUUUGCUACUGGGCUGAAGUGCAAUCGCUUAGGCUAAUAAUUGAUUGUCUACCAACUAUACCAACUACCUGAGACAUGCAGCAUCCAGCUUCAGCCUGCAAAAUAUUGAAAGUACUCAGAACUUAACAUUUCGUCUAUGCGCGGCUGGCAUCUGUUGUCUU